UUUCCGAGUUCACUCGCUGGUGUUGAUCAUUCGCAACGCUCUCUUCCAGAUAUACACAGAAAUGGUGGUCUCUCUCUUUUCCAGGUUUUAAUUUGAGGAGCAUGUUCUUUGGAGACGCAAUGGAAGUGGAUUUAGUUACAAGCAGCGUACAAGAGGGAGGUGCUUUUGGAGUUACUGAUACUUAUAGCAAUGAUAAUCCUAAUUUCGAGGGCGAAACAUGUGGGAUAUGCAUGGAUGCUGUUAUCGAUAGGGGUGUUCUGGAUUGCUGCCAGCACUGGUUCUGUUUUGCAUGCAUUGACAAUUGGGCUACCAUUACAAACCUCUGCCCACUUUGCCAGAAUGAAUUUCAAUUGAUCACAUGUGUUCCAGUGAGUGAUGCAAAUACACGAUUCUUUGUUUUUCUUAUCCUGGUUAUAGUAGUAGUUCUAGAUGACGAUUGGAGUAUUGAAGGAAAGAAUAACACCCUCUCAUUUCCAUCAUACUAUAUUGAUGAAAAU